GGAGCGCGCUUUACGCCCGUAGUCAGUCAAACGUGCUGAUUUUGAUGGUCCGAAAGUGGAGCGAUAACAGUCCGGAUUUCAUCCGUCCAGCACAAAGCCGGUCUUUAGCCGACCCGUGACAGCAGUCUUGAGCGUUCUGUAUUAAUCAGCCUUCAUUUAUUUUGCAUUACAGUAGAGGAAGGUUAAUUUUUCAUACGCUGUCAGACAGAGGUUUUCAUUACGUGUGAAAAAAAACCAUUCUGCCAAAGUCUUUGCUGACACGUCAGAAACCAGACUCAAACCACACGAGCUGAUCUGAGAACAAAUCAGCUCUUUUUGGGAGAUAUUUGCAUUGAAUGCAUAGCUACCUCCACCCUCCAGUGUACUAUUAAAAUUUUAUUAUUAAGUAGGUUGCGGAGGUGUUUAAUAGUAGAUCGUAGAAGCGUCAUUCGCACACACAGAGUCUCAUGGCGACGCAUCGGGGCGUGUCGUUCCCGCCGCGUGCCGUGAGCUGAGUCGCACCGCUCGUCGCAGCAGCAGGGCCCCGGGGCCGUCAUCCUGUCGGAGCCGCAGCAGCAGUCGGUGGCGGCGCGGGAAGCCAUGGCGUCGUCCGUGCGUUUCACCGUCACGCCGACCAAAGCCGAGGACUUGCCGGACACGUCGCCGGACGUCAGCUCACGCUCCAGCGGCAGGGUCCGCUUCGGCUCCAGGGAGAGCGUGAACCGCAGCGAGCUGCACAGCGAGGCGUCCGGAGGGGUCACGACCUCGGCGGGGGCCGACACGCCGGACCGCAGUCACCUCGAACACGGUGACGGCGGUGUGAAGCUGUCCAGUGUUUACAUCAAUAACUCUCACGCCAUUGAUGACGAUGAUUUCUACGACAGGAAUCUGGCUCUGUUUGAGGAAGAGAUGGACACUCGUCCCAAAGUGUCGUCUCUGCUCAAUCGUCUGGCGAACUACACAAACCUCACGCAGGGAGCCAAAGAGCACGAGGAGGCUGAGAGCAUUGGCGAGAAACGCAAGAGCAGAAAGUCUCCACAGAUGGGCACCUUCAUGGGCGUGUAUCUGCCGUGCCUGCAGAACAUCUUCGGCGUGAUUCUGUUCCUCAGAUUGACGUGGGUCGUCGGUACGGCUGGAGUCCUGCAGGCGUUGUGUAUCGUCUUCAUAUGCUGCUGCUGCACGCUGCUGACUGCGAUAUCUAUGAGUGCCAUCGCUACUAAUGGAGUGGUGCCAGCGGGCGGCUCCUACUUCAUGAUCUCCCGUUCGCUGGGGCCCGAGUUCGGCGGAGCCGUGGGCUCCUGUUUCUACCUGGGUACUACCUUUGCCGGCUCCAUGUACAUCCUCGGGGCCAUCGAGAUCCUACUGAUGUAUAUUGCUCCCAGCGCUGCCAUCUUCGUUUCAGACAGUCCUGACGGCGAGUCAGCGGCCAUGCUGAACAACAUGCGCAUUUACGGCUCCAUCUUCUUAGUGCUGAUGUCGCUGCUGGUGUUCGUGGGAGUCAAAUACGUCAACAAGCUGGCGUCUGUUUUUCUGGCCUGUGUGAUUGUGUCCAUCCUGUCCAUCUACACCGGUGCGCUGGUGUCCGCCUUCAGCCCGCCGUCCUUCCCUGUUUGUAUGCUGGGAAACAGGAGUCUCGCUCAGCAUGAGCUGAAGGACGGUCAUUGUGCAAAGAUGUAUCCUCCACCGCAGGAAUCCGCUAACGUUAGCGAUAGCUUCAACGGCACAGACGCUUCUCCCGUUACCGCCGCCGCACCGGAUAAAACCACGGACCUGUGGCGACACUUCUGCAACAGCUCGGAGCCGAACGCCACGUGCGACGAAUACUUUGAACACAAUAAAGUCAAGCAGAUCCAGGGAAUCCCAGGACUCGCCAGCGGCGUGAUCGCAGACAACAUCUGGAGCUCGUACUCCUCUAAAGGAGACGUCCUGGAGCGCGGCUCGCAUCACUCGGCCCACAGAGCCGCCGUGUCCAAUCGCUUCCCUUACGUGUUCGCUGACAUCACCACGUCCUUCACGCUGCUGAUCGGGAUUUUCUUCCCCUCUGUGACCGGAAUCAUGGCGGGAUCGAACCGUUCUGGAGAUCUGAAGGACGCCCAGCGCUCCAUUCCCAUCGGGACCAUUCUGGCCAUCCUCACCACCUCACUCGUCUAUCUGAGCUGUGUUGUGCUGUUUGGAUCCUGUGUGGAGGGUGUUGUUCUUCGAGACAAGUUUGGAGACUCGGUGAAGGGGAACCUGGUUGUCGGGACGCUCUCGUGGCCCACCCCCUGGGUGAUCGUGAUUGGCUCGUUUUUCUCCACGUGCGGCGCCGGCCUCCAAUCGCUGACCGGAGCUCCUCGCCUGCUGCAGGCCAUCGCUAAAGACAACAUCAUUCCCUUCCUGAGGGUGUUUGGUCACGGUAAGGCCAACGGAGAGCCCACGUGGGCUCUUUUACUGACGGCGGUUCUGGCUGAGCUGGGGAUCCUCAUCGCUUCACUCGACCUCGUCGCUCCCAUUCUCUCCAUGUUCUUCCUCAUGUGCUACCUGUUUGUGAAUCUGGCCUGUGCUCUGCAGACGCUGCUCAGGACGCCCAACUGGAGACCCCGAUUCUCAUACUACCACUGGACGCUGUCGUUUCUAGGCAUGACGAUCUGUCUGGCUCUCAUGUUCAUUUCCUCAUGGUACUAUGCCAUCGUCGCCAUGGUGAUCGCCGGCAUGAUCUACAAGUACAUCGAGUACCACGGGGCGGAGAAGGAGUGGGGUGACGGGAUCAGAGGUUUGUCUCUCAGUGCGGCUCGCUUCGCUCUGCUCCGGCUGGAGGAAGGUCCGCCGCACACUAAGAACUGGAGGCCUCAGCUGCUGGUGUUGCUGAAGCUGGAUGAAGACGCUCACGUCAAAUCUCCUCGUCUGCUGACGUUCGCCUCUCAGCUGAAAGCGGGGAAGGGUUUGACCAUCGUUGGAACCGUCAUCCCAGGAAACUUCCUGCAAACCUACGGCGAGGCUCUGGCCGCCGAGCAGACGCUCAGGCAUCUGAUGGAGAAGGAGCGCGUGAAGGGCUUCGUCCAGUGCAUCGUGGCGCAGAAGCCGCGCGAGGGCAUCAGUCACAUGAUCCAGUCCAGCGGUUUGGGCGGCAUGCGGCACAACACUGUGGUCAUGGGCUGGCCGCACGCCUGGAGACAGAGCGAAGACCCGCAGAGCUGGAAAACCUUCAUCAACACGGUUCGCGUCACCACCACGGCUCAUCUGGCUCUGCUGGUGCCCAAGAACAUCCCUCUGUUCCCCAGCAAUAGCGAGCCGUGUACGGAGGGCUUCAUCGACGUGUGGUGGAUCGUUCAUGACGGCGGGAUGCUGAUGCUGCUGCCCUUCCUGCUCCGACAGCACAAGGUGUGGCGUAAGUGCGCCAUGCGGAUCUUCACCGUGGCUCAGAUGGAAGACAACUCCAUCCAGAUGAAGAAGGACCUGGCCACGUUCCUCUAUCACCUGCGCAUCGACGCCUACGUGGAGGUCGUGGAGAUGCAUGACAGUGACAUCAGCGCGUACACGUACGAGAGGACGCUGAUGAUGGAGCAGAGAUCACAGAUGCUGCGGCAGAUGCGCCUCUCGAAGUCCGACCGAGAGAAAGAGGCGCAGCUGGUCAAAGACAGGAACUCAAUGCUGCGUCUGACCAGCAUCGGCUCGGACGACGACGACGACACGGACGGGCCCGGCGGAGGAGACCGCGUCGCGGAUCACCCGCGCGUCCACAUGACCUGGACCAAAGAAAAGGUCCUUCAGCUGCGGAGCAACACGCAAACCAACCCGGCCUCCUGCUGCAGCACGCCGGAGGGAUUCAGAGACAUGCUCAACAUCCGACCAGAUCAUUCCAAUGUGCGGCGGAUGCACACCGCCGUCAAACUCAACGAGGUGAUUGUCAAUAAAUCCCAUGAUGCCCGACUGGUCCUCCUCAACAUGCCCGGGCCGCCCAAGAACACAGAUGGAGACGAGAACUAUAUGGAGUUUCUGGAGGUGCUGACGGAGGGUCUGGAGCGUGUCCUGCUGGUCCGGGGAGGAGGAAGUGAGGUCAUCACCAUUUACUCCUGAUAGCAGCGUCCGUCAAAAUCACAGAGUGUUCAAAAGGGAAGUGUGGCCAGUUGAAUAUGUUUAGUUUGUGUUUAUGAUCAUCAUCGACCGCGUCUCAGAAUCUGCCUGCUCUGUUAUCAAGUUUAGUUUGCGGUCCGACCAACAGCAGUGUUUGAUUUAGCAGCUCUGCCCAUGUUUGUGCACAUGUGAUGUGUGAGUGUGUGUGUGUGUGUGUGUGUGUGUGACGGAGCGACACACGGGACGAGAGUGCGUUCCUUAGACUGACUCAGGGCUACAGCCAUUCAUACUGGACCUAGUGUGUAUCUUUCAGACAAGUGUGUGUCUGAGUGUGAGUGUGUGAGUGUGUGUGUUUGUGCACUGAAGAAAGUGUCGAGAGCCGUUCUGUUGAAGCUUGAACAGCAAUUUGAGAGAAUAUUCCAACUAAAAAUGAGCAUCUUAUCAGCAGCUACUCACCCUCCUGUCAUUUCUACGGACGCCUGUUUCCUCCACUGGAUAAAAUAAUAGAGUGAAUGCACUUACGUCACAAUUGGAACUUUUUUUCACAAUUCUUAGUUUGUCUUUCAAUUCUGACACAGUUGCACAAUUCUAAGAAGAAAAGUCAGAAUUGCCAGAUGUAAACUCAGAAUUGUGAUGGAAAAAGUCUGAAUUGUGAGAAAAGUCCUAACUUUUUUUUUUUUAAUUUUUUGUUUUUAUUCUGUGGCAGAAAUAAAAAAAAAAGUCAGAAUUGCAAUAAAAAAAAAAUAAUAGAGUUUGUAACUCACAAUUCUGAUGCAAUUUCAAGAUUUAAAUUUGCAGUCGUAAGGAGAAAAGUCAGAUUUCAAAAAAGUCAGAAAUUAUGAGAAAGCCAGAAUUGCAGGAUAUAAACUCUUUUAAAAAAGUUUAUAUUCUGAGUUUACAUCUUGCAAUUGUGUCAAAACAAUUCUGAGAAAAAGAAUCAGAAGAGUCAGAAUUAUGAGCUACAAACUCAGCAUUGCAUUUCUGAUGCAGUAAACUCGGUUAUUUUAUUUUAUUUAAUUUUUUUAUUAUGUGUCAGUAAAAAACAGAAUUGCAAAAUAAGAAUUUACAAAAUAUAAACUCAGAACUCACAAUUCUGUUGGACUUCGUUUCUUUUUUCUUACAGUUUUUCAGAAUUGUGAGAUACAAAACAUCUGCAUUUCUGAUGCAGUAAACUCAGUUUUUUAUUUUAUUUACAUUUUUUAUUAUGUGUCUAACUGAAAAAAACAGAAUUGCAAGACAUUUUAAGACAAAAGAAUUUACAAAAUAUAAAUUCACAAUUCACUGAACUUCAUUUCUGACUUUUCUUUUGCAAUUCUAAAUUUGCAUCUAAGUUUCUAUCUCUAGUAUUUUUUCACAGUUGUGGAAAAAGUCACAAUUACCUUUUUUAUUUUAUUUUUUAUUACUGAGAAAUAAACUCAUAAUCUAAGCUAAAAACUCAAAAAAGCUAAAUAUAAACUUGCAAUUCUAAGAAAAAGGGGAGAAAACUCAGCAUUGUGAGGUAUAAACGCAUAAUUUUUUUUGAAAAUUCUGAGUUUGUCUUGCAGUUCUUGCAAUUCAAUUUAUGAAAACAAUCAUUUCAUUUAAAGCUCGACUGAGAAACAGAAACAACAGUGUUGGGUUGUACUGACACACGGGAGUGAGUAAAUGCUGCUGAAGUGUGAUUUUUGUGCUGAAUUCCUGUUGAAAUGAGGUUUGCGUGUGUGUUUGUGCUCCUGCUCGCUCCACAUUCGCUCUGCAUGAGAAUCUGAAUGCCAAUCAGUGAUGUAAAACAGGCCGACUUCAUCGUAGCAAUACAUUCAUCAGCGUCUCAUCGGUGUCCUGUGAAUGUGGAUGUUUAAAUGUACACACACAUCCAACCCACGCGUUUCUGCUGUAUCGGCGCCAGCGAGUCUACAUUCGUCUGUUCAGACAGAGUUGAAACUACUUUUAUGGAUAUUUUUGUUGACUUUUUAUCAUCGUUGCUUAUAUCUUUAUGUGCAGGGAUUGUGAAUUUGUUUUCUUGUCAUUUUUGAAAUCUCAAGUGUUAUCUGCUAUUUUUAUCACCUGGAAUAAUAAAAUGACAGUAAUACAUCUCUUUUAAACA